CUCUAUAUAAACUCACCAAAUGUUGCUAAGACCUCAAAUUGAGAAUACUGGUUACAAUGGUGCAGAUCAAAUUCCUGUUCGCCAUCCUCGCUGUGAUGACAAUUGUUAUCCUAACUGCCAAUACUGCUGAAUCAAAGGAUUGUCUUUCUGGAGCAUUUAAAGGACCUUGUUUCGCUUGGAGUAGGGAACGCUGCAGGCGAAUUUGCAUGGAGUCAGGAAGACCCAGUGGACAUUGCAGUUCCAGCAUGAAGUGUUGGUGCGAACAAUGUUAGGGCCACAUCCUUAAAACAAGUGAAAAAUUUAAAGAUUUAUACGAACAGAAAACUCUCAUUAAAAAAUCGAAAGCCCAAAAAAUUAAGUAUCAUUCAAUGCAAUCUAUGCUACUGCUUUCAAUAUACACUUGCUAUUAAAAAUAAAAUAGUAUGCUGGCAUUAAAAAAAUGA